GCGCCGCGCCGCCGCCGCCCAGGGCCGGGCCGGGCCGCGAGGAGCCUCCGCGCCGCCAGCAGAUCAUCCACAGCGGCCACUUCAUGGUGUCGUCGCCACACCGCGAGCACCCGCCCAAGAAGGGCUACGAUUUCGACACGGUCAACAAGCAGACGUGCCAGACCUACUGCUUCGGCAAGACCAGCUCCUGCCACCUGUCCAUCGACGCCUCGCUCACCAAACUCUUCGAGUGCAUGACUCUGGCCUACAGUGGGAAGUUGGUGUCCCCCAAGUGGAAGAAUUUCAAGGGCCUGAAGCUCCAGUGGAGAGACAAGAUCCGGCUCAAUAAUGCCAUCUGGCGGGCGUGGUACAUGCAGUAUUUGGAGAAGCGCAAGAAUCCCGUGUGCCACUUUGUCACUCCACUAGAUGGCUCUGUUGAAGUAGACGAGCAUCGCAGGCCAGAGGCCAUCACGACAGAAGGAAAGUACUGGAAAAGCCGCAUUGAGAUCGUGAUCCGGGAGUAUCACAAGUGGAGAACCUAUUUCAAGAAAAGGCUACAGCAGCACAAGGAUGAGGACCUUUCCAGCCUGGCCCAGGAUGAUGACAUGCUUUAUUGGCACAAACAUGGGGAUGGAUGGAAGACCCCAGUCCCCAUGGAGGAGGACCCACUGCUGGACACAGACAUGCUUAUGUCGGAAUUCAGCGACACCCUCUUCUCAACACUCUCCUCGCACCAGCCGGUGGCCUGGCCUAACCCCCGGGAAAUAGCACAUCUGGGAAAUGCAGACAUGAUCCAGCCAGGGCUGAUUCCUCUGCAGCCCAACCUGGACUUCAUGGACACUUUCGAACCCUUCCAGGACCUCUUCUCUUCCAGCCGCUCCAUUUUUGGUUCCAUGCUGCCUGCUCCUGUCUCAGCACCUGCACCAGAUCCCAACAGUCCACCUGCUCAGGAGACCAUCCUGUCAACCACCGCUCUCCCCACUGUGAGCCUACCUGAUGGCCUCAUAGCACCUCCUGCAGCCACCGCCCUGGACCCCACGGAUAGGCAGGGCUGUGAACGAGCUCCCCGGCCUGGAGACCCCUUUAUCCAGCCCACAGACUUCGGUCCCCCUGCACCACCGCUGAAUGUCCCGCAGCCUUUCCUCCCCGUGUUCACCAUGCCCUUGCUGUCUCCCAGCCCUGCCCCAGCACCUGCUUCUCCUGCCCUGCCUUUAGCCCCACCCCCUGCCCCUGCCUUGAGCCCCUCAGCUCCGCCUACCUUCCUGCAGCAGAAGUUUGCUGGAGCCAGCAAGUCGCCCUCCGUCAUCACACACACGGCCUCUGCAACCCUCACCCACGAUGCAUCUGCCACCACCUUCAGCCAGAGCCAGGGUCUUGUCAUAACAACCCACCAUCCCACGCCCUCGGUGUCCCCCUGUGGCCUGGCACUGCCUCCGGUCACCCGGCCACCAACUGCUGGGCCUCCCCAACCCUGUUUAACUUUUGUGCACCCCAAACCUGUCUCUUUGACUGCGGGGAGGCCCAAGCAGCCCCCCAAAAUAGUGCCUGCGCCCAAACCAGAGUCUGUGUCCGUGGUAUUGAAGAAUGCUUGCAUCGCCCCAGCUGCCUUUUCAGGACAACCACAAGCAGUGAUUAUGACAUCAGGCCCUCUGAAGAGAGAAGGGAUGUUGGCUUCUACUGUGUCCCAGUCCAAUGUGGUCCUCACGCCUGCUGCCAUUGCCCGGGCUCCUGGAGUCACAGAGUUCCACAGUGGCAUCCUGGUGACAGACCUUGGCCACACCACGAGCAGCCAGCCAGCCCCUGUCUCUCGGCUCUUCUCUCCAGGCACUGUGCAAGACUCCCUGGUGAAGGGCGAGCAGGCCCCUGCCACGGGUUCCAGUGAGUGUGCGCUCCGGUCCGAACGUUUGGGACUUCGUCGAGAUUGCCCAAACUCAGGGCAGGCCUCUCCAUGUGCUUCAGAGCAGAGCCCCAGUCCCCAGUCUCCCCAGAACAACUGCUCAGGGAAAUCUGCAGACCCCAAAAAUAUGGCUGCUCUAAAGCAGAACCGGCAGAUGAAGCAUAUUUCAGCUGAGCAGAAAAGGCGCUUCAACAUUAAGAUGGGCUUUGACACCCUCAACAGUUUGAUCUCUAAUAAUUCCAAGCUGACCAGCCACGCCAUCACGCUGCAGAAGACCGUGGAGUACAUCACCAAGCUGCAGCAGGAGCGGAGCCAGAUGCAGGAGGAAGCCCGGCGGCUGCGGGAGGAGAUCGAGGAGCUCAACGCCACCAUCAUCUCCUGCCAGCAGCUGCUCCCUGCCACGGGAGUCCCCGUCACCCGGCACCAAUUCGAUCACAUGAGAGACAUGUUUGAUGAGUAUGUGAAGAGCCGGACCCUACAGAAUUGGAAGUUCUGGAUUUUCAGUAUCAUCAUCAAGCCGCUGUUUGAGUCCUUCAAGGGGAUGGUGUCCACCAGCAGCCUGGAAGAGCUGCACCGGACGGCGCUAUCCUGGCUGGACCAGCACUGCUCCCUGCCCGUCCUCAGGCCAACGGUGCUGAACACUCUCCGGCACCUGAGCACCACCACCUCCGUGCUCACAGACCCGUCCCAGCUGCCAGAGCAGGCGGCAGAGGCUGUCACCAGAAUUGGCAAGAGAUCGGGGGAGUCUUAGCAGCGCCUAGCGGGCCCAUGGCUGCACAAGAUGCCAUGGAAGCUCUUCCCUGCCUGCGGAGAGGAUGCUGCACCCCGUGCCUCUCCUGACGCCGAGCUCAGGGCCCCCCUCCAACUCCACCGGCCCACUGGGCCGCUCAGAACACUGCGCUCAGGUCUGAAGCAGGUUCGGGUCCUGCCGACAGCAAUAGCCCAUCUUUGGGAACCCCUUGCUGUGAACUCUUACUCAGCGACCUCAGUCGUGACCUCCCCUGCCCUCAGGCAACCCAGACAAAGUCCUGUCCUGCUGGUGGUCUGCCCCUGCUGCCUGAGCAGGGAGUAGGUGGGACAAAGGGGCAGGGCCUGCUCCUGUGAGCUAGGAACCGGAAGGGUUCCUCUUCGGUUCUGUCCUCAGACUUACGGAUGUUCGCUCCUGUCACCCCUGGGCACUCGGAUGGCUCCGAGUGAUUCUCUGUGCCGCUCUGACUCGCCUCUGGAGCAGCUGGAAGGCACCUUUCUUCCUCCCUCAGACUGACCUUGUAAGUUGUUUGGACAGCUGCUCAGGCUUGUGCACAGUAGGCUGCUCCCACCGCAUAGGCUGCCGGGGAGCCCCAGAACCCACGUGCAGAAGCGGUGGGUGUGAAUGCGCGCGGGCGAGAAGGAAAGCACAAGCAACGCAAAGCUGCUGCUCUGCUUGGAGAGCCCUGGACGGCGCCCCGGCAUGCGUCGGUGACUUGAGAACCGUGGCAGGGACUCGGUGGGGGGGGGGGGCACCACAGGGCACCACCUCACCACACGGCCCUUGUUCUACACCUUCCUCCAAGCCGCAGCCUCGGACGAGCCAGCAGUGUUCGGUGGACGCUCACAGCCCUCAGGGUGUAGCAUUUGAGAGGCCGGACUCCACGGUGCCGCCAUCGGCCUGUCAUCUCGUCUGGAUUGUUCAGCCAGGAGCCCCAAACCGUACCAGUUCUCGGACCAAAGAUGUCACCACACCGAAAGUCUGUCCUGUGUAGUGUUUGGAGGAAGAAAUUGAAUUUCAACGGGCGGCGCUCUGAGGCAGCCAGCCUCAGAGCUGUCUCUCGGCAUCUCCCAGAUCAGACAGUGAAGAAUUACACUUGGCCUGCUUCUGAACGUGGGAAUUGCAUGUGCAGUGUCCAGGCCCAUGCUCUUGCUGUAUCUGCAACAGGAACUGCCGAUGGAUGGCCGGGCUCUCCAGCACUCAGGAAGCCCAGCCAAGGGUACCUCCUCAUUGAAAGAAUGUGCUUCUAACGUCCUGCUGUGAAGCUCAGAGGGUCAGCGGACUUUCCAUUCAACCUCUGUCUUCCCUGCCAGAGAUGAAGCCUGGGCAGUGCCAGUACCCGGAAAUCCUGGGGUAGGCCCUGUGGGGGCUACCGAGGGCUACCUCCUGCAGCUUGGAUCCAUUCAGAGGCUCCCGCUGGUUCCUGGAGGCCUGCUGAAGUUGCUCAGGGGGCAGCCAGCCCUGCCUCAGCCUCAGUUGAUGGAGGAUGGAAGGGGUGUCCUCUCCCUGCCACCGGCUGUGCCACCGUCUUUGCUGCAGGUCACCGACCAGUCACCUACUCCCUUGUCUGUGCUUCAGCCCUGAAAAAGAGCAGCUUGGCAGCAUCCCUCAGCCUCUCCAGAAAACGUGUUUACAAGCCUCCCAGAUCACUUCCCUGAGGGGCAAGCACAAGAUAAGACUGGGCCGAUCCUUAAUGUCCACUGGGAAGUGGUAAGAGAACUCAUCCUUCACCCCAGGAUAAACAUGAAGUCGCCCUUCAAAAGGGGAAGAUCACCAUGGUAAGAACUCACUAGAGUCAAAAGGAAGAACGUGAGAUGCCCCCAGCUAUGAGGGCUCGUAGAGGGUCAUGAGCUCGGUCCCUUCCCCAGUUCCUGUGCCUUUGUAAACCACGUGGAUGGCCGUAAUGCUUGGCCCACCAAGACCUCUCCUAAAUUAGCAGCCUUCUCCCCACCCUGUGCUGGGAGUCUUUUUUUUUUUUUUUUUAAACUCUGUGGGAUAUAAAAUUGGCCUCUUGCUUCUUCGGCCUACCUCUCCUUCUCUUCCUUUUGCUGAAUUAAUGUUCCUGAUUCUGUUUUGUUAAAUAUUUAAGGCUGUUAGGUCACAUGAGACUUUGAAGGGUGUGUGUGUGUGUGUGUGUGUGUGUGUGUGUGUGUGUGUGUCCGUGUCCUAGCAGACUGUUAACUAGAUGCAUGUUUUUGUUUUGAAACAUUUACUUAAAUCCAUUUCUCUUGGUGCUCACGAUGAUCACGGCUAUAGGGCCACAAAGCUGUAUCUCUUACCACAGACAUGAUUGUUUCUUGUCCCAGAAUCAUUUCUUAUUUUGGAAUCUUGCCUGGUGAAUCCGGCCAGGCAGAGGGGCGUAGCCGGGGCGCAGGGACAGUGAGACCACCCCUGGCAGAGGCCUCCAGGGCAUGCUGACCACAGGCUGCGCUUUGUUUACACUCAUUGUCACCCCUGCCCCUGCCUCUACUCCCAUAAAAGAAGCUUUAAAAUGCUGACACUUUGGAAAAUAAAAAAAAUCAAUCUGAAAAGGGAAAAAAAAAAACCUGGUUGGCACAUAAAUCUUUGAAAAGCAUUUCUGUGAAAUCUUUCUGUGCCAUCAGCUCCCUUCACAUUGCUGCCUGCUCUUUCACGAUGAGUGGGAAACACAGGGACAGGGCAGGUGCCACUGUGGGGCUUUCUGAAAGUCGGCGGGCCCGUCCCUCCCAUCUCAGGCGGGUUAAGCAGCAGUCACCCCCCAGGAGGGCCCCAGCCCGUGCACCCCAGCUGCUGUCCAGCCAGAUUUUCUCACAUGAGAGCAGCAGUCCCAGUGUCACAAUUUAGUGUUAAUGAGGUGCUAAUGGGCGUCACUGGCUGUCAGGAGGAAGGACUGGAGGGCAGGGAACCUGGAGCAUCUGCAGGAGGAAGGGUGGUCAGUGGUCGCCUGUGUGUCCUGGGCACCUAGCUUCAUCCACUUCCUGCCCUUGUGACCUGAUGGUUGGGCCUGAAGGAUUUCGUGCUCUGGCUGAUAGAAAUAUAAAUUUAGACUUUGAGCAAGCAUGGCCCUCCAGGGUGUGCCAACCCCCUUCGUCUCACCCCAGGUGAGGGGGUGUGGUGGCAAGUGACCUGAGAACUAGAGGAACGGGGAGCAGGCUCAUUGUUUCCAGGAUUACAAGCUGUCGCGGUCUAGCUGAAGCACAUGUCGGCGUGCCAGGCCAUCCUCAGUGCUCUCUGCCCUAUGUCCAGGACCCCCCACACCAUGGACAAGCUGCCCCACUCUCUCUUCUCUCUCUGGUGGAAAGUCGCCUUUCUCUAGAGAGACCCUGCUUCCCAUUAUGCACUUUGCCAGUGAUGAAACCCACCCACCACUUGUGGGAACUUAGCUUUGCCAAGUGUUCCCUUGGUCAUGGUUUCAUUGGGGAAGAGAGCUGGGAUGCCCUGGUGUGAGCAAAAUGGCAGCCUCGAGCCAGAGUCUUCGCCUCAGUGCCCCAUACCUUGUAUGUUGAGAAUUUUCACCAUGUCUGAACAUGGACAAGGGGAGAAGAGCUUGGAAGCUCAACACCUGUUUGUAACAUUCAGUAGUCUCCUUGGCCUUGACCCUCUCGGAUCAGAGGGGCUGCAGGAGCAGGGAGAAGCCUUAGGACCUACUGUGUACCUCCAACUGCCCCAUUUUCUUUCCCUCCUGAGGACUUGGCUUUCCUGACUCAUCACGCAGGGGGCUGUUUCCUUGUUGGAGUUUGUGAAAAUCAGCCUUUGAGAAAGAAAAGGGAACUUUUCAUGUUGGACGUUGGCUUUGAGUGUGUGUGUGUGUGUGCGCGUGCGUGCGUGUGCUUGCACAAGCCGACCUGUGUGCAUUUACUUAAUGGAAUUUUAUUUUUGUGAAAUUCCUUCCCAAUUAUGUAGCAGAAUUCACCACCAUCUCCCAGUCAAACUUUUGCUUUCACAGUCAACCCUGGGCGUCACUAAUUGGAAGAAUUCUCUUCUGGGUUUCUAAACAGAGGUGUGCUCCUCCCAAGGCUUGAGAUCGCGGAGGGUUUGGGAGAAACAUACAUUUCCAUAGAGAUUGUCCUGCAGUUGAAGGGUAUGAAGGGCUUAGCCCAGGAGACACAAUCCCCAGGCUGUUUCUCUCUCAAGGGAGCUUGAACGCAACCUCUCCCCGACAACGCCCUGCUAUGUCUCUACCCGAAUCUUCUCAGACGGCCCGCAAAAGGGAACCUUGUUCAUCUACUAGUUUUGUAACAUCAUGGCUGAGCCACCACGUUCUUUUCCUUUGCCAGCUUCCAGUUCGUUGUGUAAAUGCUUCGUUUUUUCUGUUGUGAGCUUUGGUGAUUGUGUCAGGGUUCCGUUAGGAGACAGUUUCCCCUUGUGGCCUGAACAGCAAAACCCGGGAAGAGCUUUGUUACUCGGAGGCUCCCUCAGGCCUGCGCCAUGCAGAACACCACCCUUCAUGCUCCACUGUCGAAAAGCACGUUUCCACCAGCUGUAUUCAACACUACAAUGCAGUUUUAAAACUAUAUUUGCAUCCGAGACAAUAAAAAGCUGUAUUUUUUUGAAAA